GUUUUUUCCACAUUCAAAACAGUUUCUUCGGGAGAUUUAAAUUAACCAUAAAUUUCUCCCUUCCCCAUUUUCUUCUCUGAUUUUCUUUUCAUUUUUUUUGGUCGGGAUCUUGCUUCCUAUAUACGCUCGCUCUCAAUCGGAUUCGGGAUUCGUUUUCGGUUUUCUUCUUGGAUCUGGUAUCUCAGGAAACGGCCGGAACCCAAGCUGGAAUUUGAUAUUGAGCUGUUCUGAAAUGGACAAUGGUGAUAUUGAGAGCGGGGAAGAGGAGUUUCAUGGGCAGAGGGGAAGGAAGUACCGACCUGUGGAAGCUCAUGAUCGUGCUGUUCUUGAAAUGUCUUCUAUGGAUCCGGGGGCAUCAUCUUCUUCGUCCUCCGUUCCCCCCAUUUCUCUGAAGAAUGUAAAAGUGGAUUCUCAGACGGGCACUGAAACAGAUGGGAAUUCUCCUACUCGUAUUGAAGUUGAUGGCCCCCAGCGAGAAUCCAAGCUGGAGUUUUUUGGUUUUGAUUCUCUUGUCAAUAUUCUUGGCCUUAAGAGUAUGAUGGGGGAACAAAUUCAAGCACCUACUAGUCCUCGAGAUGGUGAGAACAUUUCUAUCACUCAAGGAUUGCCAAAGACCACUGAAGUCAAAUCGGGUACAUUGAUGGGUGUAUUUAUCCCAUGCUUACAGAACAUAUUGGGAAUCAUUUACUUUAUUCGAUUUACUUGGAUUGUUGGCAUGGCUGGUAUUGGUGAGUCAUUAGUGCUGGUGUCGUUUUGUGGUUUAUGUACGUUCUUGACUUCGAUCUCACUAAGUGCUAUUGCAACUAAUGGUGCAAUGAAGGGUGGGGGACCAUAUUAUCUGAUAGGUCGUGCCCUUGGUCCAGAGGUUGGAGUUAGCAUUGGGCUAUGUUUCUUUCUCGGAAAUGCAGUUGCUGGUGCUCUUUAUGUGUUGGGAGCUGUAGAAACAUUUUUGAAUGCUGUACCAGCUGCAGGGCUAUUCAGAGAGACUGUAACAAAAGUUAAUGGAACAACUGUUGCAGCACCAAUACAAAGUCCAAGUUCACAUGACUUGCAAGUUUAUGGCAUUAUUGUGACGAUUCUUCUGUGCUUCAUUGUAUUUGGUGGUGUGAAAAUGAUUAAUAGGGUUGCUCCUGCUUUCCUUAUUCCAGUCUUGUUCUCAGUGGUUAGCAUAUUUCUUGGAAUUUUUGUGGCAAGAAAAAACAACCCUUCAGAUGGCAUCACAGGAUUGAGUUUGGAAUCUUUUAAAGAAAAUUGGAGUUCAGAUUAUCAGAUGACGAACAGUGCUGGAAUUCCUGAUCCUUUAGGAAAAGUCUAUUGGAAUUUCAAGUAAGGGUUGGAUUUUAUUUUUCCAGCUUUUGCAUAUAUUGAGUUAAAAUUACAUAUUACUUNGCGUUCAAUUCCUAUUGGAACAUUGGCUGCAACUCUGACAACAACUGCAUUAUAUCUGGUCUCUGUGUUGUUGUUUGGAGCACUGGCAACUAGAGAGAAAUUGUUGACAGAUAGGCUUCUUACUGCUACGGUUGCUUGGCCUUUCCCAGCACUUAUUUAUGUUGGAAUUAUUUUAUCAACCCUUGGAGCUGCUCUUCAGAGUCUGACAGGAGCCCCUCGCUUACUAGCAGCCAUAGCCAAUGAUGAUAUAUUGCCUAUUCUAAACUAUUUUAAAGUAGCAGAUGGCAGUGAGCCAUACUUUGCAACCCUCUUUACUGCAUUUCUCUGCAUCGGAUGUGUGAUAAUUGGGAAUCUUGAUCUUAUCACACCAACUGUAACCAUGUUUUUCCUACUUUGUUAUGCUGGUGUGAACUUAUCCUGCUUCCUUUUGGACCUACUAGACGCUCCCAGUUGGCGUCCACGCUGGAGAUUCCAUCAUUGGAGCCUCUCUCUUCUUGGAGCAUCACUUUGUGUAGUGAUAAUGUUCUUGAUCUCGUGGUCAUUCACGAUAGUGUCUCUAGCCCUUGCCAGCCUUCUAUAUUAUUAUGUAUGCCUUAGGGGUAAGGCUGGGGACUGGGGUGAUGGUUUCAAGAGUGCAUAUUUUCAACUUGCUCUUCGCAGUCUUCGUUCACUUGGAGCUAGCCAAGUCCACCCAAAGAAUUGGUAUCCCAUUCCCUUGAUAUUUUGCCGGCCAUGGGGAAAGCUGCCAGAAAAUGUACCCUGUCACCCUAAACUUGCAGAUUUUGCAAACUGCAUGAAGAAAAAAGGCCGUGGAAUGUCCAUAUUUGUCUCCAUUCUAGAUGGAGAUUACCAUGAACGGGUUGAAGAUGCAAAAGCUGCCUGCAAGCAGCUUGCUACAUAUAUUGAUUACAAACGCUGUGAAGGUGUGGCAGAGAUUGUUGUGGCUCCCACAAUGUCUGAAGGUUUCAGGGGGAUCGUUCAGACGAUGGGUCUCGGAAAUCUCAAGCCAAAUAUUGUAGUGAUGCGAUAUCCAGAAAUAUGGCGUCGUGAAAAUCUAAUAGAAAUUCCGACUACUUUUGUUGGAAUAAUUAACGACUGCAUUGAUGCUAACAAAGCAGUUGUCAUUGUUAAGGGUCUGGAUGAAUGGCCUAAUGAAUUUCAGAGGCAGUAUGGAACUAUCGACUUGUACUGGAUUGUGAGAGAUGGUGGUCUUAUGCUUCUCCUCUCUCAGCUUCUCCUUACAAAGGAGACCUUUGAAAGCUGUAAGAUUCAGGUGUUCUGCAUUGCAGAGGAGGAUUCCGACGCGGAGGGCCUCAAAGCUGAUGUCAAAAAGUUUUUAUAUGAUCUUCGGAUGCAAGCUGAGGUGAUCGUUAUAACGAUAAAAUCAUGGGACACGCAAGUGGAGGGCGCGCAACCAGACGAAUCAAUGGAAGCCUUCACUGCUGCUCAAGGGAGGAUUGCUAGUUAUUUAGGUGAAAUGAAGGCAGCAGCUAAGAGCAGAGGUACCACACUCAUGGCUGAUGGGAAGCCUGUCAGUGUGAAUGAGCAGCAGGUUGGGAAGUUUCUAAAUACAACUCUCAAGUUGAACUCGACAAUUCUGAGAUACUCGAGGAUGGCUGCUGUCGUGCUCGUUAGCCUCCCGCCACCUCCUGUCGACCAUCCCGCAUACUUCUAUAUGGAGUACUUGGAUUUGUUGGUUGAGAACGUGCCUCGGCUCUUGAUCGUUAGAGGAUACCGCAGAGACGUUGUAACUUUGUUCACUUAAGUUUCAGUUUCUUGCUUACUUCAGUGUUAAUUCCUUGAUUGCUGUUCAUAUUGACUUCCAUUUUUACCUUUUUUUACCUUUUCUUUUCUUCCAAGUCUUGUAGCAUUUUAGAUUACAAUCAUUCUUUGUACUAUCCAUCACAGGUCUUCUUUUUCAGCUUUGUAUUACCAUAUUAGUCUCAGAAAUUUUGAAAUUAAAUAGCCAUUAUCGAGAUGCAGUUAACCUUUUGUAAGACUUUUAUGCUAUCAGACAUUAGUCAUUGAAUUUGUA